AUGGCUGACACCGCUGCCCCAAUCGAGCUUCCUGUCAUUGACAUCUCGAACCCGCAUGACCCCGCCGUGGGGAAAGCGAUGCUCGAUGCGGCUGCUAAGUAUGGCUUUUUGUAUGUGAACAGCAAGGGCACCGAUUUUUCGGUUGCAGACGUCGAUCAUGGCUUUGGAUUGUCCAAGAAGUUCUUUGCCUCCCCGGCUGCGGAGAAGGAGACAUGCCGGAUCACGCCGAACAACCGGGGAUGGUCAGGUAUGCAUACGGAGACUCUUGAUCCAGAGCACCAGCGAACUGGAGAUUUCAAAGAGGCCAUGAACUUUGGAGAUUUCAAAGACGGCAAAGCCCAACAGCCACUCCCUGCAUCACUGGCACCCCAUGAAUCCGAGAUCCAUGGCUUCGCAAAGCUCUGCAACAAGACCUGCAACCGAAUCCUUACCCUCCUCUCUCUAGGCCUGGAGAUGCCAGAAGAUUUCUUCACAACCCGCCACGACCCUAGCCUAGGUGAAACAGGUAGUAUCCUCCGCUACUUGUACUACCCUUCAAUCUUCUCCCCAGCCACAGCAAGCUACAAGCACGAUAAGGACGUGCGUGCUGGUGCCCACUCAGACUAUGGUAGUAUCACGCUUCUCUUCCAGCGCCCUGGACAGCCGGGUCUGGAGAUCUAUACUCCAGAAGGAACCUGGGCACCUGUUCCCAUUAUCCCCGGCGAUGAUGCAGAUGCGUACCCGUUCCCGCCUAUCCUGGUGAACAUCGGAGACCUCUUGAGUUACUGGACGGAUGGACUGUUGAAGUCCACCGUGCACCGGGUUGUGUUCCCGUUGGCGGAGCAGCGGAGCCCUAACCCGCAGGAUCGGUAUACGCUGGUUUAUUUCUGCCACCCGGUUGAUACUACAGAGUUGGUUCCCGUUCCCAGUGAGGUUGUGAAGGAGCAUCGGGCAAAGGUGGGAGGCGUUGGUGUUGUUGGAUUUGGAGGUGGUGCUGGAAGUUUGGAGCCAGGGAAGAGACCUUUGACUGCGCAGGAGCAUUUGGAGUCGAGACUGGCGGCUACUUAUGGAUUUACGAAGGACGAGUAG